AUGGCUCGCUCUACCAUCAUCGCCUUCGGCCUCGCCAGCGCCGUAGCUCUCGGCUCAGCCAUCUUCACCAUCACUUCUUCUCCCCACCUUCUAAAAGCCAGUCUCCUCACCCUCGGCGCCUCCAGCAUCGCCCUUCUCAUCUUCGCCUCAACAAGACACAUUCAACUCGUCUCGCACCGCAGUCACAACAGAAGCCCAAGACAACCCAACUCACAAAAUGCUCUCAUCCAUCGAGCACCUGUAGACUACAACCUCUUCGUCCUCGGCUCCGGAGGCCACACAAAGGAGAUGCUCAUGAUGAUGGACGACGGCUUCUGCGACUUCGCAGACUUCCACCGCCGCUACCUCAUCUCCAGCGGCGACUCCAUGUCGGAGAACCACGUCCACGACUACGAGGAGAGCCUGGCGUCCCUGUGCGAAUCUCGUGGGACGUCCCCCGGCACGUACGACAAGUUCAUCGUCACCCGCGCGCGGCGAGUCCACCAACCACUCUGGUCGACCCCUUUUACGGCGCUGCUUAGCAUUGUCGAGAUAUUCCCCGCGCUGCUCAUCCCGCCAAAGGGCCUGGUUGGGAUGAAGAUGAAGCCGUGUUAUCCAAGCCGCGUGUUUUCAAAUGGGCCGGCUACUGGCUUCUUUGUUGCGUUGGCGGUGCAUUUACUCAAGAUGGCUUACCUUGUUCCUGAGAGCUGCAUGAAGGUCAUAUACAUUGAGUCCUGGGCACGCAUAUCGACACUGAGCUUGACGGGCAAGCUCCUAUUCCACACCGGUAUAGCAGACGUCUUUGUCACACAGCACCAAGAAGUGGCGACUCGAUAUGGCGUACAGAACGCAGGAGAAAUUGUCUUUAAUUCCCGCCGCUUGGAUGACAUGGAACCCAGCCCUGCCAAAUAA